GGCCACCUUGAGGAAGCUGCGGCCAGAGGACAUGUUUGAGACGUGGGAGGAUGACAUGGAGGGAAUCCACAUCGUAGCCUUUGCUGAAGAAGACGACCCAGAUGGUUUUGAGUUCCUGGAAAUCCUCAAGCAGGUUGCCAGGGACAACACUGAUAAUCCCGACCUGAGCAUUGUCUGGAUUGACCCCGAUGACUUUCCUCUGCUGAUCACUUACUGGGAGAAGACCUUCAAGAUCGACCUGUUCAGACCACAGAUUGGGGUGGUGAACGUCACAGAUGCUGACAGCAUCUGGAUGGAGAUCACAGAUGAUGAUGACCUGCCCACAGCUGAGGAGCUGGAGGACUGGAUAGAGGACGUGCUUUCUGGGAAGAUAAAUACUGAAGAUGAUGAUGAUGAUGAAGAUGAUGAUGACGAUGAUGACGACGAUGAUGAUGAUGACGACGACGAUGAUGAUGAUGAUGAUGACGAUGACGAUGAUGAUGACUAACUGUGACUCUGUGCAGUUUGACUUGUGGGUCCUGAGAGCCCUCCCCCUGUGGCAGGUCCCUCCGUUGGAACACCUGUUUGUGCGUCAACAAGCACCGCUGCUCCUCCUUCCCCCCUGCCCUGAUCCCCCUGUCCCAGCCCUUGCCAGGACACCCUGGCCUGAUUCUCAGUGGUGCUGAGCCACCAGGACUGCCCCUGCUGUGGGCAGCACCUGCAGGCACCCA